AAGUGUGCUCCACAACACAAAAGAUGAAUAACUCAAUGCCCACUCUGUCUCGUGCCUCUAUUUUCCCUUUCUCCUUUCACUUUCACCUAACACUCUUCCAAUUCUUUAAUUUCUUUGGUGAUUUGCCAUUGUAGAAUGAGUGCUCUGCUGCCUGGCCCCAAAAUCACAUCUCUCUCUCUCUCUCUCUUAUUUGGCCUGAAACCAUUACAUAAAGUAUGACAUAAAUAAAUGAAUGAAAUAACUUAUUCUCUCCUCCUCAGCAGCACACCAACAGCCAAAACCAACACGACACUUUUUAUUAAUUCUCUAUAAAUUAUAUAAUUGGUACCGUCUUCGUAGAAUGGAAUAACAGGAACUGCCUCUUGAUUUUUUGUUGUUGCUUCUUCUCUCCUUUUUUUCAACUAUUCUCCCAAAAGAAAAGGAUCUUCAUUCCCCACUUGUUCCACAAAGUUUUACUAUUAAACAAAACAAAAAAAAAAAGAGUGAACACAAGCCUCUCUCUUUUUCCCCCUCUUUCUCUCUUUCUGCGGCUCUGCUUCUGCCGCUGCUAACGUUGUUUGCUGACAACACUACACAAAUUUCAGAAAGACUAAAAAAAGAGAGCCAUCACCUCCCACAAAAUUCUUGAUUUUCUCUCUCUAUUUCUGACUCUCUCCACUCUUGGGCAACAGUUUUUUCUCGUUUCUCAUUUUCCAGUUUAGCUCACACGCAGCUAAAUGGGUAUUUGGAGCAACCUACUUGUGCUCCUUCUUAUUUUCCCUUUUUGUACACCAGAUCCAAACGAUGAGAUGUGCUUGACUCAUCUCAGUCAAUCUUUACAAGACCCUUUGAAGAAUCUUCAAAACUGGACUAAAUCUUCCUUCGCUAAACCUUGCGAUGGAUUCACUUCAUAUCUACAAGGGGCAACUUGUAACAAUGGCCGCAUCUACAAACUCUCUCUUCCCAAUCUCUCCCUGAAGGGUACCAUUUCUCCUUAUCUCUCUAAUUGCACCAAUCUCCAAGCCCUUGACCUCUCCUCCAACGCAAUCUCCGGCCCAAUACCUCUAGAACUCCAGUUCCUAGUCAAUCUAGCUGUCCUCAACCUAUCAGCUAAUCGACUUUCAGGCCCAAUUCCUGAACAGCUCGCCAUUUGCGCUUACCUCAAUGUCAUCGAUCUUCAUGACAAUCAGCUUAAUGGGCUUAUCCCGCAGCAACUGGGCCUUCUUGUGAGGCUAUCUGUUUUCGACGUAUCGAACAAUAGAUUAUCGGGUCCAAUACCAGCGUCACUGGGUAACCGGAGCGGAAACUUGCCCCGAUUCAAUGCCAGUUCGUUUGAUGGGAAUAAGGAUCUUUACGGGUACCCAUUGCCACCCAAAAAGAGUAAUGGGUUAUCGGUUUUGGCAAUUGUAGGGAUCGGAUUAGGAAGUGGGUUCUUGAGUUUGGUGCUAAGUUUUACUGCUGUUUGCAUAUGGUUGAGAGUUACUGAGCAAAAAUUGGAUGCUGAAGAAGGAAAAAUCAGUCAACUUAUGCCUGAUUAUUGAACAAAAAAUCAUACUUUUUGGAUUACAGGUAUGUUAAUUUUUUGUUUUUUGAGGCUGGUUUGUUUUGCCCUUUUUUUUUUUAGUUGGGUUUAAAUUUUCUUUUUCUUCGGAGAAGAAGACGAAUUAAUUUUACCCUUUUCCUAGUUUUGGGCUUCUCUUUUUUUAGGUCAUUAUUUUUCUUUUUGAUUAUUUUGUUUAGCUUCGUUUUCUAACAUUUGACCCUCAAUAUGUAAAGAAUUGAAGAAAUUUGGAAUUAAGUUUGUAAUACAUAAUUAUUUUAGCAGUACAGCAUUAAUCUGUACUCUAAAAUUUGAUGCCUGGGAAGUGGGUUGGCUUGUGUCCACUCCAGGUUGUACAACUUAUACGUGGAUAGUACUUGUCCUAAUUCGUAUUAAACAAAUAAGGCAAA